AUGAAACGUUGUUUGGGGACAACGGCAAAGGGCGAGCGAUGCAAGAUAAUACUGAAACAGGAAGCAUAUUGUAAAUACCAUAUAAACCAAGGGGCUGGGCCGAAUGACAAAGCCGGAUACGUGUACAUAUUUACCUUGAAGCAUCUCAUCGAGGGUUCACCCAAGAAACAGACAUGGCUGCGACAAGCAGAUCCCAAUCCCGAAAAUCAGAUCAAUUUUGCACACACGUCGGUUUUUGAUCCGAAGCGACAUAUCCUGAUCAAGGUGGGUUAUACCACGCAGCGGGUCAGGCGCCGGUUGAGCCAGUGGAGAGAACGGUGCAAGCAAGAUUUCCAGCUCUUGACUCCACAGACUCUUGACAGAGUAGUAUCGUCAAAUAGAGAUAAACUGGCGGAUUUGAUGGAAAGGCUCAGCUGUCUGUCAUUACGCAGCUACAAAAAAUACGACUUCAAUGAGCAAGCAUUUAAAGCUUUAAAUGCAUUCAGAUCUGAACAGCAGGUACAUGCGCAACUAAGAAGUUUAUUCGGCAGUGGGAGACUGUAUUGUGAUGGAUGCAAAUCGGCCAACUCCGGGGUGCAUAAAGAGUGGUUUCUUGUUCCGCGAAAAAAGGUGCGAAAUAUCAUGAGGAUGAUAGAUCGACUGGUAGACUAA